AUGGUCAAAGGGAGCGUCCAUCUACAGAGGCAGCAGACCACUGAGUACCAUGACUACCUGUUCAAGCUGCUUCUGAUUGGCGACUCCGGUGUGGGGAAGUCCUGCCUCUUGCUACGGUUUGCUGAUGACACCUACACAGAAAGCUACAUCAGCACCAUCGGGGUGGACUUCAAAAUCCGCACUAUCGAGCUGGACGGCAAAACCAUCAAACUGCAAAUUUGGGAUACAGCCGGGCAGGAACGGUUCCGCACCAUCACCUCCAGCUACUACAGAGGGGCGCAUGGCAUCAUCGUGGUGUACGACGUGACGGAUCAGGAAUCCUAUAAUAACGUGAAGCAGUGGCUGCAGGAGAUCGAGCGCUACGCCAGCGAGAAUGUCAACAAGCUCCUGGUGGGCAACAAGUGCGACUUGACCACGAAGAAGGUGGUGGACUACACGACUGCCAAGGAAUUCGCGGACUCCCUCGGGAUCCCCUUCCUGGAGACCAGCGCCAAGAACGCCACCAACGUGGAGCAGUCGUUCAUGACCAUGGCGGCCGAGAUCAAGAAGCGCAUGGGCCCCGGAGCGACGGCCGGCGGAGACAGACCCAACCUGAAAAUCGACAGCACUCCGGUCAAACAAGGAGGCGGUGGCUGCUGCUGAGGAGGAGGAGGGACAUACGAUUGGGGGGGGCGGGGGCCUGGGGCAGGCUGGGGAGAAGGGAGCCUGCCCCUCCCCGACUACUGUCUGGUCUCCCCUCCCCUGCUUUUUCUUCUCCUCCGAAGGGGGCUUUCCCGGAUGAUACCUCGGCGGAGGGGGACGGGGCCUCCCUCCCCUUCCAGCUCAGCUGCUCCGAGCGCCGUUGAGCGUCCUCAGCCUGUUCUUUGGGUUUUGUUUUUUGUCAUUUAACUCUGGGGGUGGGGUGGGGGGGCACGGGCUCUGUACAGUACGAAAACUUCCCCGCAGGGUUUUUUUGGGGGGGGAGAGGAUUUUGUCCUUGUCUGCCGUACCCCACUAUCGGUAAGGCCGGGGCGACGGUCGGUUCUUCUGUCUUCACUCGCUCCCUUUCUGUCCUUCUCGACUUCCCCCCACCGUCCAGUCCUCCUCCUGUCCGGAUUUUUUUUUUUUAUUUGCUCCGGGGCGGAGCGUCCGUAGGUUUCCCUCCAGUCACCCGUUGUCUGCUGCCCUGCCGGUCUCCAUGGCUGUGCUGUGGACGGGACGGGGUUUCUGUCCGCUCCCCUUCCCCCCCCCCUCCAUUAGCAGUUGGCCGGUGGCCAUGGGCAGCGGUAGCGAAGGACCCGGGGGGGGCGUGUUUCCAUGUUUGCCUCCCUCCAGGCCCACUGGGGAAGGCCCUGUGGCUCAGUCCGUGGACGUCUUCACAUUCGUCUCCCGCGUGAAGUCACCGCAUCCCCCCCCUCUCGUCCGUUAACGGGGAUCAGGCAUCUUCCCUCUUGAGCUCCCCCUUCCCUCCUUGCCCUUUUUCGAGGUCUGCUUCGCUCGUCCUUCGUCUCGCAUCUCUGCUGUUCCCGAAACGUUCCUCUCAGGGUACCUGGUUCCAUCCCUUCUUCCUCCACCCCCCCCUUCCCAUCCUCAUCAAAGAUGGACUUUGUGCUUGUCUGUAGCGGGGGGGGGGAGCGGGGUGCCGUGGCCCCUGGCUAGCACAGAUUCCUGCCCCGAGCGCAGUCUCCGUGGGAGGCGUGGGUCGCCACAGCGCAAGUCUGAGCCAGGGAGGUCCUGUGGGAAGGGAGGGAUGGCGCCUUCCCGGCCCUUGCAUUCCGGAGCGGAUGAAUGUAUAUCAGACAACUGGGUGACCUCCGCCCCUUCUCCACACUUCUUAAGGCGCCCUCCGCAGCACUCCUGGGACCUUGGCCGACUUGUCACAUGGCCCCCCGCCCCCCCCAAAGAACUUCCUGCCCCUCGCAGGCACAGCAGGGCCCCUCGCAAGCCCUUCCUUGACCAGAACUGCAGUCUGUCCGUCCCCUAUGGCCGGGCCCUGGCUCCCGAGAACGCCCGUACUGUUGACUCUUGAGCACCAGGAAGCCGUGUGUCCCCUCCCCCCCUCCCUCCCGUCCCCUGCCCAGCCGCCUGCUGCACCGCCCCGCUCGACCCCCUCCGUCUCUUCACCUCCCCCUCCCCUUAUUUAAAGAACGUCAGGUACCCCGCUGGGCCAGGCAGUGGGUGGAAGGUUUUUGCUUGCCGGCUUUGUUUUUUUCUCUCCUUUUCACA